AAGGGCAGUUUAGUAUUGUGAUUUCUUACUGAUUCAAUUCAACUCGGGGUUUAGAGAGCUCAUUUUCUGCUUUCGAGUGUUUGGUUUUUGUUUCGAAAUGGCAGUUCCAGAUCAACAACAGCAACAGUUCCUUUGGAAUGUAUUCAGCAAGGUUGACAAAGACAGAAGUGGAGCCAUUUCAGUGGAUGAACUUCAACAAGCUCUAUCAAACGGAACAUGGACACCCUUCAACCCAGAAACUGUUCGCUUGAUGAUCGGAAUGUUCGAUAGAGACCACAGUGGAAAUAUUAACUUCCAGGAAUUUGGUUCACUGUGGAAGUACAUCACAGACUGGCAGACCACAUUCAGAAGCUACGACCGAGAUAAUUCAGGAUCCAUUGAUAAGAAUGAGCUGCAACGUGCCAUCGUCAGCUUUGGGUUUCGUCUCUCAGAUCGCUUCUUCACUUUGCUCAUACGAAAGUUUGAUCGACAAGGCAAAGGCUCUAUUGCUUUUGAUGACUUCAUCCAAUGCUGUAUUACCCUCCAGACCUUGACAAACUCCUUCAAAGCCUUUGACACAAACCGCAACGGUUGGAUUGAGAUUGGAUACGAACAAUUCCUGACUCUGGUAUUUUCUAUGAAAUCAUAAGGAACACCGAACAUUGUGCAGCUUUUUUUAAUGCUUUUACGUUAUGUUCAUAAGUUUUGUACAUAAUAUUAAGUCAUUGUCUUCUAGGUACCUAAAUUUUAAGGGGGCUUAUUUUUCUGUUUGCUAAACCUACUUGAUUCUUACACGAGCACAUUUCUUCUUUUCACCCAGUGUUCUCUCUUCUCGUUACAUUUCACUCUCUGACUUUAAAACUGCUUCCAUAUCACAUGUAAUGGAAGACUUUUGAUAGGUGGCAGCAGACUGGCCAGGUAAAUUUCCAUUGAUUACGUAGAUCUGGGCAUGCGCACUUAACCGAGAACAAUGGAUUUACCUGGUAAAGUAUGUGGCCACCUAGCGUCUUAAAAGUCCACCAUUCUUGUAGAACAUAACAUAUAAAAUCUACUAUAGAUUCAACUGAUGUCAACUCCACUAAAGUGGCUUCUUACUUUAUGAGUCUUUUUCUAUAUGUUACAUUUUGCAACUGCCAUGCCUCUUAAAGUCCGGUUCAUACUUCCUGCAAAUGCAAAGCGAAUUUUGGUGACAAUCGGUACGCGCUCCAUUUCCUUUUAUGACGCAGAUAAAAUCGCUUCGCCUGAAGCAUUCGCAGGAAAUAUGAACCAGGCUUUAUUCUCUUAAUCUCAGUGAUGAGUCAGUUUGGGUUUAGUCAAUGAUUCAUUUGACUCUCAUAGAGUCAUUGAUGCUCUUAUAGUCAUUGGCUCUCUCAAAGUCAAUGACUCUGUGAUGAUACAUGUAGAUAUAGUGACUGAGUAAGUGACUGUGUUAGUUAUGAUGACUCUGUUAGUGUUGGUGACUCUGUUAGAGUCAUUGACUCACUUAUAGAGUCUUCAAUGAAUUUUAUAAAAUUUUACUUUCUGAUUAAUAAAUCUCCUGAAGAUAGAGUCAUUGACUCUCUUAGAGUCAUUUUCUCUUUCAGACGCAAUGACUCUCUGAUAGACUCGAGAUAUUGACCGAGUCAGUGACUCUGUGAGGGUCAGUAACUGUGUUAGAGUUCUUGACUCUCUUAACCCUGGAACAAGUGACAGCUGUCACUGGCCAAUUGGUUGCAAACCCUGGAAACAAGAACCACUGGACCUGCUAUUUCAGUUUAUCCUGUAAUGGGGCAUCUGUCAACACCUCAAAUUUGAAUUGCAGACAUUGGCGGCUAUUUAGCCUGGGGGGGGUGUUAGGGAAAAACAGCUGGUUAGUCCAUCAGUGCCGAUAUUGGAGAUUACUGUCCCUAUAUUUAGAUUUUAAUGGUUAAAAAGGUGUUUUUAAACAUUUUCUUCCAAAAUUAAAUAAAAACUAUUGACAUCUCCUCCUCGGGAUACUUAAAGCAACCUUAGAAUGUUAGAAAAAGCAUAGAAGAGAAAAAACACAAAUUUUUCCACAUUCUGAACUCAAUUAUGAUAUGCAAGAACCUCAUAGAGACUGCAAUCACCAAGCAACGAGUCCAUGUGCGCAAAAUGUAGGGACGCUCUGGUGUCAUUGAUGACUCUGAUUAGUAAUUAAAUCUCUUAAUGAUAGAUUAAUUGAUUCUCUUAUAGAGUGAAUGACUCUCUGAUUGUCACUCCCUGCGUAAUUGACUCUCUUGACAUUCAUAAAUUCAAUCUGUGUGUGAAAAAGUGUUGCCUUACAGUGUUAAGCCCGGAACAUACUUCCUGGGAAUGCGAAUGCGUCACAAAUUCACAACGAAGUUCGCACUGAGUUGAGCUGGGCUCAACUCUCUUGCAAAUAUUGCAGCAAAAAAAGGGGUUGUGACGUCAAAUUCACAUCAAAUUCGCAUCGCAUUCGCA